AAGAAAAGAAAUAGCAAAGAAGGAAAAUUUUAGCGUUACACAUCGGUGCUCAGCGUGAAUACUUUAUAAAUAGUGAAUAAACAGUUUACUUGAAUUCGAAAAAAAUCAAGCAGACUUCGAACAUGUUCGAAUACUAGCAAGGGCAAUUCGCAGCUGGUGGAAUCAUGCGCUUUAUCGAUAAGCAGGCAUGCGCAUCGAACACUAGGCAAUGUUAGUUGCCGCGAUCAUUCUCGCUUAUGCAGCAUAGCUGCUAUUAUCGGAAAACGUUAUUGAGGUUGAUCCAGGAACGACGGUUUUACAAGCGGCUGCUAUGGUUGGAGUUGAAAUCCCGCGUUUCUGCUAUCAUGAACGACUCAGCGUCGCCGGAAACUGCAGAAUGUGUUUGGUCGAGGUGGAGAAGUCGCCAAAGCCCGUUGCUGCGUGUGCAAUGCCUGUAAUGAAGGGGUGGCGCAUCAAGACCAACUCCGACAUGACAAAGAAAGCUAGAGAAGGUGUUAUGGAGUUUUUAUUGGCCAACCAUCCUCUUGACUGUCCCAUUUGCGACCAGGGGGGAGAGUGCGACCUUCAGGACCAAUCAAUGGCGUUUGGAUCGGAUCGAAGCCGUUUCACGGAUAUUAAUUAUGAAGGCAAAAGGGCCGUCGAAGAUAAGGAUAUUGGGCCUCUUGUAAAAACGGUUAUGAAUCGUUGCAUCCAGUGUACCCGGUGUGUGCGUUUUGCAUCCGAAGUAGCUGGUAUUCCUGUGCUAGGCUCAACAGGUCGUGGGCAAGACAUGCAAAUCGGAACCUACGUCGAGAAGAUGUUCCUUUCAGAAUUAUCUGGAAACGUAAUCGACCUCUGCCCGGUUGGAGCGCUCACAUCGAAACCAUAUGCAUUCACGGCACGUCCUUGGGAAACUCGUAAGGUCGAGAGCAUCGACGUAACGGAUGCGCUUGGCAGCAACAUCGUGGUGAGCACUCGUGCUGGAGACGUGAUGCGUGUGAUUCCGCGAAAUAAUGAUGAUGUGAAUGAAGAAUGGAUUUCGGACAAGGCACGUUUUUCAUAUGACGGCCUGACACGUCAACGGCUUACAACGCCCAUGAUUCGAAUCAAUGACCAGCUUGAACCCUGUGAUUGGCAAGAGGCUCUCACAGCCGUUGCUAAUCGAGUAGCGGUCACCCCUGGUGAGAAGAUGGCUGCUGUCGUUGGCAGCAUGUGCGACGCCGAGGCGUUGACUGCCCUGAAGGACAUGAUGAACCAGCUCGACUGCGAAACACUUUGCACAGAAGAGAGCUUUCCGAUGGACGGAGCCGGUACCGACAUUCGAUCUAACUACUUGCUGAACUCAACGCUGGCCGGAGUUGAAAACGCCGAUUUACUUUUGAUCAUCGGGUGUAAUCCGCGCUUCGAAUCGCCUGUGUUUAAUGCGCGUAUUCGCAAAACGUGGAUUGGGAGCGACCUUGAGGUGGCGCUUAUCGGUCCUAGAAUCGACCUCACUUAUAGCUAUGAGCAUCUCGGAGACAACCCCAACCUCUUGCCUGAGAUUGCUAAAGGAAGUCAUCCCUUCUCCGCUAAGCUGAAAGCCGCAAAGAAUCCAAUGAUCAUUGUCGGAAGUGAGGCUCUACAAAGAACUGAUGGCGUUGCCCUUUAUAGUAUAGCACAUCAGCUGGCUACAUCCCUGCAAAAAGACCGAGAAAAUUGGAAGGUGUUCAAUGUGCUCCACCGUGUGGCCAGCCAAGUCGCAGCUUUAGACCUCGGCUAUCGUGCCGGCAUUAAGGACAUUCUAAGUCAGAAACCCGUAUUGCUAUACAUGUUUGGCGCGGAUGAGGGUAUGAUAGCUCGCAAGGACCUUCCAAGUGGCUGCUUUAUCGUCUACCAGGGACAUCACGGAGAUAAAGGGGCCGAAAUCGCAGAUGUCAUUUUGCCUGGUAGCGCCUACACCGAGAAACAGGCCACGUAUGUGAACACAGAAGGCCGAACACAGCAGACUUUACAAGCAGUUACCCCGCCCGGAUUGGCCCGAGAAGACUGGAAGAUCGUGCGAGCCCUAUCUGAAUUUGCCGGGAUUAGUCUUCCUUACGAUUCCCUCGAAGAGGUUCGCGGGCGGAUGCUCGAAAUUUCGCCACAUCUAACAAGAUACACAAAAGUAGAACACGCCAAUUACUUCAAACAGGCUGGUUUGCUUUUCAGUCGUCUGACAACAGCAAUUACGUCCAGCGAGAAGGUAGAUUCGCGCUUUAAGGGGCUUGAGGACUUCUUUAUGACAGACUCGAUUAGCCGUGCCAGUCCAACUAUGGCGAAGUGCGUACACGCUGCCGUUAAAGAGAAGAAGAACCCGCAUUAAGAAGCCGUGCGUAGUGCUAGCAUGUUUCAACAGUUUAGUAGAAUAAUUAAGGACGUUUCGUGAGUAAGGUAACAUAAUGGGAUUGGUCAUGGGUUGGGAUUAGAUGGUAGCAGUUCUUAAUUCGCCGUCCGGCGGCAAUUUGAGGGAGACGCGAGUUGAGCAUCGAUGACGGAACACUAAGAGAACUCGAAUGUUAUCUUUACGAUUGUGAGUAAAAACAAACAGCAACAACAGUAAAAGUGACUCAAGGUAACAAAAAUGCUAAUAACAGAAGCAGUCGGCCGUGUACGUUGAAAAGAAAAAAUGUGAACUUAACGAUGAAACAGUUAACUCGCAACAAAGCAACAAAUCCUAGCGUUAUUUCUAUGGAUUUGAAAACAGUAAAAGAGAAGAAACAGCAAGAAAUAAAAGCAGAAGAGUGUAUCAAUAGGGAACGAAUCUGUAAGCCUAGACAAGUUAAGAAAGCCUUUCUUCAGUAAACCAUAUUUUUGUUUUUUUUUUUUAAAUUAACUCAAACACUAUGAUUAUGGGUACUACGGUAGAUUAAAUGAUGUAGAGCCGCAGCUCAAUAUUAAAUCGUAGUUUGGACCUGAACUCGAGUAAUAGUUUAACUUAACAACUUACGAGAACUCCAAGAAAAAGAAUAUAUUUAACUAAUUAAGAGGACUUCAAGGAAAAGAAUAUAUUUGACUAAUACGAUUUUUUACAUCAUGUUCUAAAAUGAGAAAUGAUUUCACACAGUUCUUAGGCACGGCUAAAAGUCUACAUAGACUUUUAGUCUAUGUAGACUACAUAGACUAUGUAGUCUACAUAGACUAGAAGGGUCGGUUCAAAUGUACAGUAGGAGAUUAAACGCCAUGCUCAGUAGCUUUGCUUCGUAUACUUACGGCUUAUCAAAGGCUUGUAUAGCUUUUUUCUCACUGUAACUAUAUGAAAAACGACGGCUUCAUACACAGUUGCUUAGGCUGCGACCAUUUAUAUCUUUGGCUGCCCAUGGACCUAACCUCGAAUUGUUAAACUGGUAGAAAAUUACGUCGGUUCGUUAUUAAAUGAUAUGAUUUAUUUAGUUGUAGCUCUUUCGUUCACUUGAUUUCUGACUCGCUGAGGUGUUGUCAUACUUUUUGUUGAUCCCUCUCAAGACCUAAACCGAUCCCAACGAUAUCGUAUAUCUAUAUAAUAUGUAUAAUAUCGUCUAUAAAUGAUGACAACUAUUUUGUAAAUAGAAAUUGGUAGCAGUCACGGAGCUAAUCAGGCGACAAAAAGACCCGCUGGUAGACUCCAAAGUAGAAAUCUUUCAAAUGAUUCUAGUGAAAUUUUUAGUGUAUUGCCUUAUCUUCAAGUUAAUGGCGAAAAAUUUCACCAAUUGCAAAUUUUUCCAGUAACUUGAAUAGCGUAUACAAGUACUUCUAUUGCUUCUUACUGAGCAGAUAUGUGUAAGCUAUUUUGGAGGCUAGUGAUACCCGACAUACGUGGCUAUGUAAUGAUAACAGUUAUAGUGGUUAGAUUUAACAAGUGUGGCGUAAAAAAAUAGGUGCAGUGGACUGUGUCGGUCAAUCAUCGUCAUAGAUGUGCUUCUUUAUUACCUUCUUUAUUACAUAAGUCUUCGAAUGCUUUCUAGACAAAAUCUAUUUCAUCGUUCCUUUUGAGUAAUCAUUAUUAAUAUAUAAAUUAUAUUCUUACAAUAAUGUAAUGUAAAUACGUGAACGAUUAUAAAAUAUGCGAAUCUAUCACUCACAGGAUUUUUAUCGCAACUGUUGAUAUACUAUCAGUCUUCCAAAAUGCUCAAACGUUUACACUCCACUUUACUUAAACAUUUACUCCUUAGAUUUCGCACCUAACAUCUCACAGAUACUAAAAUUAGUGUUAAAAUCGCUAUUUCUUCUAACGUGGCCAUGUCCCAAAGCGACCGCUUGAAUAACGGCUAACGCAACUGCUCUUUGAUAACACAGUCCAAAUAAAUUAGAAAGAAAGCAAACAUCGACAUUUUGUUGGCCGCCCGCUGUAAGCGCAAGGGCAGAGCGGUGCGUCAAGAAAACACUUGAUUUCUAAAUUCCAGCUUUCACUUUUCUCGUCAAAGUUCUCCGAUAGAGAAACGUCAACGGUGCGCGGUCAUGAUGAAGCACUCAUUUACUGAAGUUGUAUGUCCGCUAAUCGACGUUUGGCUACAGAUCAACACCAAUAUAAGCUCGCCAAGUAGCGGCUAAGGUUCGCCACUGAAUCCAAAAUAUUACAACAAACCCGCAAAAUAAAUAAUUUAACAAACAGAAAUUAGCUAUCUCACUUAGAUGGUGUGUGACGUAUUCGGACUGCUUCCUCUUCAUCGAGUGUCCUGUAUAAAGGCCCUGUAUUCAGUGAUAGAAGUCAAUGUAAACGGACAAACUUAUCUUCAAAUCCACGGCCUAUUAACGCAUACCAAACCAA